UGCAGUUUAAUCCUAGACCUCAUGUGUAACAUCUUAAUAGAUAAUCAAAACCCUAAAAAUAGCUACUCAUUUCACCCUAAAGAAGAAAACAUGUCUUAAUCAUUCAACAUCCACAGCACUUUUUCCUUGUAUUAUAAAAACCAAGAUUUUGUGCAUGCAAUGAUGAACCCUUUCUUUCUCAUAAAUCUAGCAAGAAAAAGACAGCAAAAACAUGGAUUCCACCAAAUCACUCCCUUUUUUGCUUCUUUUUCAAAUUUUCUUUCUCACUUCUUCAACCCUUUUGUCACUCUCGCUUGAAGCUUCUGAGUUUCACCACAUACCAUACGAACAACUUGAAGGGAUGAAGAAUAAUGAGCAGUAUCAUCAUAUUUUGAUACCAGGGAAGGGAAGGUCGUUUAUUGAGGGAAAAAAUGAGAGUGCUAAUAACAACUCAACUUUGAUAUUAGCUGCAGAAAAGACACAUAGAAGAGACCCUCUUCAAAAUUUCAAUUAUUAUACGGGCGGAUGGGAUUACAGAAAUUCUCAUUACUGGGCUUCUGUUUCUUUCUCUGCUGCUCCUUUAUUCAUCACUGCUGUGGUCUGGUUUCUGCUAUUAGGCCUUUUCCUUUGUCUUGCUUGCCUAUGCUGCUGCUGCUGCUGCUGCAGGAAAAGAAAGAGCUACGGCUAUUCUCCUAUUGCUUAUGCACUUUCACUUAUCUUCCUCACACUUUCCACCACUGCAGUGACCGCUGGAUGUAUUGUUCUACACAUAAACCAGGAAAACUUCAGCAAUAGCAUAUCACAUAUGCUGGAAUUCAUUCUGCAGAAAGCCUUAUCCAUAUUUGAAAAUUUUAUGAACAUAAUGAAAGCACUUGCUUCAGUUUCCAAGGUUUCAGUAGAUCAUCUUCCUCUUCCUCCUGAUCUCAAGAAUGAAAUUGAUGUUGUGGAUGAAAUGAUUAAUGCUACAGCUAAUGUUCCUCAACUCCAAUCAGUAGCAAACGCAAAAAACAUUCAACAAGUUUUAAACCCUGCGAGGCUGGCCCUCAACAUAGUUGCUGCUGUGAUGCUAUUCUUGGCAUUUCUUGGUUUCUUAUUUUCAUUUCUCGGCAUACAAUGCUGCAUUUAUGUAUUGGUUAUACUGGGAUGGAUUCUUGUCACAUUAGCAUUCAUUCUAUGUGGGAUAUUUCUCAUUUUUCACAAUGUGGUGGCGGACACUUGUGUUGCAGUGGAUGACUGGCUCCAAAACCCCACAGCUAAUGCAUCACUGAGCCUUCAGUUUCUGCCAUGUAUGGACAAUAAAACUGCACAAGAAACCUUGAAAGCAACCAAAGAAACAUCCUCUUAUUUGAUUAACGUUGUUAACAAGUACAUAAUUGAGGUUGCCAACAGGGACUUACCACCUACAGCUGGAGUUCUUUAUCUCAAUCAAAAAGGUCCACCGGUGCCUCUCCUUUGCAAUCCUUUCAAUUCUGAUUUGACAGAAAGGGAUUGUACUCAUGCAGAAGUGAACUUUAGCAAUGUGGCUCAGGAAUGGAGAAAAUAUGAGUGUGAAGUUUCGGCAGAAGGUAUUUGCAAUACCACAGGCCGCUUGACCCCCACUGCAUAUGACCAGAUGACAGCUUCUGUGAAUGUUAGCUACUCAUUGUAUAGCUCUGGGCAAUUCCUUGUUGAGCUCGGAGACUGCAGUUUUGUUCUGAAAACUUUCAGUGCGAUCAGUGAGAAUUACUGCCCAGGCCUUAGGCGGUAUAGUUACAGGACCUAUGUUGGGUUGGUAAUGGUUGCAGCUUCUGUUAUGUGUUCUUCCAUCUUAUGGAUGGUUUAUGCAAGAAAGAGACGACACAGGAAAUAUACCAAGAAGAUUAUAGCUAGAAAUGAUCAAAAUCAUUUCGCAGGAGGAAUAGCCUGAUUUUGAGUCUGCAGUUAAUGUCUUUCCCCCUGGUAUUGUAAUACAUGUAAUCCAGGCACAUCGGAUCUUGGUGCGAAGCAUUAAGGCUGAAACUACAUGUUUACAAUAUUAUGCGAGAAAACUGUUUGAUGAAAUGCGUGUCAGAAACAUGUGGUCGUCUAUAGGAGGGUGAUGACUGGUGAUUAUGCGCAGAGCCAGGAAGUUCAAGACGGAUUACAAAUGUUUCAAAUAGAUGGUAUCACUUCCCCGAAUUGAACAAGAGGGCGCCAUGAAGACUAAUGUUCUUAAAGCGCUAAGUACAUAGGAGAUGGGUUGGCCAUUUGUAGAGAUUAGAUUGUGUUUUGCUUGUCAAGAACAAUGUGUAUAUUCAAUGAAAGAGAUGUAUAUGCGCACAAUCUCUUGUGGAAUUCUAUUCCAGGUUGAAAAUUAAAUUUAUUUAUUUUUUAUCAA